GCCAAUAAUGGCGCCCAGCAGGCCGCCUGUCGGUAGUCUCUCUAUCAAGGGACUCCAGCUGUCACCCGUCACCCCUCCCUCCCCCACAUCGUGACAGCGCUGAGUCGAGGUCCUCUGCCUCUCUUAUAUAUUUUGUAACACAUGACGCGAAUCAACCCAGGAGGAUACAGCAAGGCCAGACACUAAGGCUCAUACUCCAGAUACAUGGUACAGGACCCUAGCCAGCCUCCAACGGGCACCGCACCUCGCCGAGACACCCUCCAUGGCCUGCCCAGCCCCCUAACACACAGGAAGGCGCCGCGUGGACUGCUGUGGGUGCCUCGUCAGCCUCUCCACACACGGCAGGAUGUCCUUCAGGGAAAUGAGAAACUUAGUGGAGCACCUGCGUUCUCUGGGCUUUCCUCGCCUGGUGUCCCUGGAAAACUUCACCGCACCCAACUUCCAGCUCGUAAAUGAGGUUUUGGCAUGGUUGUCAUCGUGUGUUGACGGCAGCCACGCCUCACUGCCCUCCAGCAUUGACACGGAGCAGCAGCGGGUCACCCUCAUUAACACAGCUGCUGUAUUUUUUUACCAGACACUGGGAAUACAGCUGAACACAAAGAAGUUAUAUGGAGCUGACAGACUGGCAGCAAGAGAGCUACUGAAGAUCACAACAGUGGUGUACCAAGCCAUCCAAUCCAUGCCCACCACUGAGGGUGACGAGAUGCAUCCCUCACCCUCCCACCACCCAUACCCUCAGGUCUCAGUAAAGGAGCUGCAGGAGACUCGUCAGCUGGCAUCUUCUGUCAUCCACAGGGCAGCCAACCUUUGUGACAGUCUUCAGCAUGAGGUGGAGAACAAGGUGGAGCGGACCAGUGCAGUGAAGCAGGCGAUUGACCUUGAUAAAGCUGAAUCAUGCAUUACAUCCUCCUUGCACUCCGUGGCUGCUCUUGUGGCUCAGAUGACAGAGGAUACUGAGCACCUGUCCUUGAAACAGAAGGAGCUUGAUGAGAGGAUACAGCAGAAAAAGGAAUCCCUGGUCAGGAGGCACAAGAGACUGGAUGUUUUGAAGAAGAUGAGACCAGCCUGGCAGCAUGACUUCCAGAGGGAGGAGGAGGAGCUCAAGGAUGUGUGGCAGGAGUAUGUCACCAAACACAUCUACCUGUCAUACCUGGAGAACCAGCUGCAGCCCUCGCCACCUUCAUCCCCUUCCCAGGAGAGGGAGACGGGUGGACCCCAUUUUUCUGGGAGUGUUCGUGGUGCUGUGGGCAGGGCAGGCAUGUUCACUCUGGGUGUGGCAAAACACUCAUUUGAGGAAGCAUCUACUGAUGAGGACGAGUACUUAGAUCAGUCCUCCAGUGAAGAGGAUAAUACACUCAGCUUUUCUUAGUUCAAGAGUGAAAUGUACUGAAUUUAUCAACACCAAAGCUGAUGUAUUCACAUGGCAAGAGCUUAUAAGUCAGUCAGUGGACAUAGUUACAUUCCUGUGUUGGCCUUCAGGAAUCUUCUAAAAACUAGUGAAUAUCAUAUAAUAAUUUCUAUGAUAUAUUUUUUUUUUUUAAUUAAAAAAAAAUCAUUGAGCACAAAGUAUUUAAGUCAUUGGGCUACUCCAAUAUUAAAUUUUCCGAAGGAGUGUUUACGCUGCUAACGAGGAGGGCUUCAGCCCCCUCGACCCCCCUUAACCCUUUCAAUGCGCAAGCUGUCACAGAGGUUGAUACCUUUAUGUGUGCUUGAGCGACUCAACCUGGCGGGGGGGUUCCCCUAACUAUUGUUCACACUCUGGUCAAGUUAAACAAGUCCACCCUUGUAACCUAGCCCUUCUAUGGUGCCAGUUUACGGCCACUUCACCAGGCUUAUCAAGGUGAGCUUUCACUUCUUCGUUUCCUUGUUUCUUCCCAGGUGGUUGUGGUGUGUCCUUUGUUAGAUUUUAUUUGUCAUUGUUUAUGGCAAGUGUUCUUGCUCCAAAUUCUAUUUCUGGUUAGCUUUUCUGAUGCCAGUGUGGCAGGGCUUUCACUGCCUCAUUUUGCUUAUCUCCUUAACAUUCCAUUGAGAUUUUUUUCCUCAUGUUUCGCCUAUGGCAUCCGUAGGCUUUCUUGGUGGAGCCUGGUGGUCGGCCCCAGCCUGUUAUGGCAUAGGCAUGUGUUUAUAGUGGUGCCAUCUUGCUUUGUUCUUGCUGCUCCCCUGGAGCUCAUCUUUGAUCCUCUUUUAUAGAGAAUCUAGAGUCUGGGUUGAUAGGUGGUCUUCAGGACAGCAUGUGGGUAGUCUUAUGCCACUUGGCAGUGACUAAAAAAUUGCUAGCUUGUUUGUAGUGGCCACUGGGAUGCGAACCUUCAUCCUCCUGGACACCGCUCCCACAUGCUGACCACUCAGCCACCGCCUCCCCUCCAAAAAAAUUCUGAAGAUACAAUACACAGAUUAACAAAGCUCCUAUACUAUUCUAGUCAUUUAGUACAACAGUUGCCGAAAUCAGAAAUAUUUUGAUUAAUAUGUAUCAGAGUAUAAAAGUGAUCUCACUGUUCUCUAUAACUCAAAUGAUAAGAAUUUAUUUUUGCUCCAGGAUAGAUAUAUUUUUGUAUUUGUCCACAGAAUAUGGUAUAAUAGAUUCUUUGGAGGUGUAGAAUAUAAGAACAAUAUGUCUUUCCAAUAGUUUUCCUCUUCACUGGUAAUGUUUGAAAGUCAUGGAGAGCACAGAGUACUACUCAAGUGAUUGGUUGAGGGUAGGAUUAAGGUUACUGAGUACACAGCACUGAGUAUCUUAUCUCUUGGUGCACACAAAACAUGGUACAAUUUAUUUAUUAUGCAUAUAAAGCCUUCCAUGUGUGCGCUGAGAAUAUAUACAAGAGUCUCUCUCUCUCUCUCUCUCUCUCUCUCGAACAGAAUGUUGGGCUUCAUUAAAAGAAACUUUUUAUUCAAGAAUAAAGAUGUAAUACUUCC